CCUAAAAUGCGCAUUAUCUGAGCUGGCAUAUCCGCAAUCCCCUUAGGCGAUCCCUCGCCACCACCAAGAGCUUGACCACCAUCUCUCUACUCCUCAUCCCCUUAACGGUCCACAUACCGAACCCUCUUUUUUCCAUUUUUUCCUAAAUUUCGAAUUUCAAUUUCUAGUUAUCAAAUUGGCUCUCGAUUUCGAGGUCUAGCUACGAUGAGCGGCGGAGUUGCUGGAGGGAGAAUUUAUUGGGUCAGAAGUCAGGACAUUCAUUGUACUGAAGCGUUGAAAAUCAAAGGAAUAAUUGUGAUUUUCGCGUGGGUAUCCUCAAUUACCGAAAGUCAAUUAAAGGAUUAUGUGAAUUUCUACACUUCUCUUGGAUGGAACUCUCUAGUUUGCCUAUCCGAUUUUCUCAAUCCAUUCAUCCCAGAGAGGGCUACGUCACUGGCAUUUUCUGUACUUAAUGAGCUUGUUGAGGAGCUACGGAGUAGCAUGUGUCCUAUAGUCCUUGCAGCAUCCUCUGGUGGUUCAAAAGCUUGUAUGUAUAAAUUUUUUCAGAUUAUUGAAGGAUGUGAAGCGGAGCUCAAUCUGGAGGAUAGUAGAUUGGUUAUGCACUGCAUCUCAGGCCAGAUAUAUGACUCUGAUCCUGUUGACCUUAGUAGUGAUUUGGGUGCCCGAUUGGCUUCAAACCACACUGUCCUGAAGAUGCCUGGUUUUUCAAAGCUUGUAUCAUUGUUUGCAAAAGGUGUCACUUCGAGCUUGGAUGCUUUAUUUCUCACAAGUUUUGGAUCUGAACAUGCAGAGUACUGGCAAACUCUUUGUUCCUCAGUUGAUUUGGGGGCCCCUUUUCUGAUUUUAUGUUCAGAAAAUGAUGAUGUGGCUACAUAUCCAGUUGUAUGCAAAUUUGCAAGGCAAUUACGAGAUAUGGGGGGCAAUGUCAAUGUGGUGAAGUGGAAUACAGGUCAUUACAAGCAUCAGUCGAUCCAUUACACGACUGCUAUUGCUGAGUUGCUUGAGCAGGCAGUUUCUAGUUUUUCCCACAAAAUUCGGAGACUCAGAGAAAGAACUCCCAUGGAUGACAUGCAUGAUGAAGUAUCCGACUUAAUUUGUGACCUCCAGAAUGCAGCAGUCGACUCAAAUCAAAGCCUUAGAAGAGUUGCAGUCGGGCCGAAUGACCACUUCUUCCUGCCAAGUUCAGCUGGCUAUGGAAACAGCAGAGACUCUUGGUCUGUACCUGAGGAGCGGAAAGAAAGAUCGCCAAAUCGGUCAAACCCUUGUAUGAGUGCACAUAGUGUCCUUGGCAAAGUAUUAUUUGAUGUGUGUGUCCCGAAGAACGUGGAAGGUUGGGAUAUUAAAUUUGCCGGUUCUGUUCGCAAACGGUUACAAUUUAAUGCCAUUAAACAUAGAUCAAGAUUAUGAGAUCUUUCUGGCUAGCAAUUUUCCCACUUUACAGAAAACCACCACAUGAAAUUUUGUUGGAUGUAUGACAGCUGCAGUCCUGGGAUAGGAUGGAAGAUAAUGGACGGAACCGGCUUUACAAAGAGGGUUAUGCUGUACAUUUCAGCGGCUGAAACCUGAAAUUAUAUGAAAAUCUAUGGCAUUGCCUUGGAACGCAUGAAGUAUCUGCUGAUAUGAAGUACGAAGAUUGAGGAAGAUGAUGCUAUGUAGUUCAAUUUAUGACCACAUUCUAAGAGUUAAUCUAAUUUCUUGUAGUACUGGAUUAUAAUUAAUUAUUAGACGUGUAUAUAAUUAGUUUAAAAGUAGUAAAUAUGCUCAAUUUGAGUACUUUUCAAGUUGUAAGUAUAAUAGUGGAAGGAUAUCGAGGUUUUUCUACCGUUCAUCCAUUAACACAGGUUUUCUGUUUUUGCUGA